CGAAAGGCGACGAAUCUCUAGUGCCACCUUCCAAGAUGAAUUACAUUUGGUUUGCUACUGUGCAUUCAUGUGGUAGCUGACCAAACAGAGCGUGUCUACUUAAGAGUUGUCUCGAAGCAGUCUCCCUUGGCAGUGCGUCGGGUAGGUGGCUCCUUCCAUGACAACAACACGUCUGAUUGCGUCAACGAUCUCUGCGCUUCGCCAGAGCAUCUUCUUCAUCCAAACACCACAAUCAUGCCGCAUGACAGUUACAAGCCUCGCGGUUCGCGGCCCAAUGGUCACCGCGUGACUGCGAAUCCCUUCAGUCUUCCUGUCCGUCCUGCCUCCAGUUGGGAGGAUAGUCGUGACCGUACGAGCGGGCAGCUCCACACUUCGGCCAUGCAUCAACUCAACCUUACUCAAAAUGCAAUGACUCCUGCUGAGCAACUCAAGUCUAUGGUGCUUCAAGCCGGCGGCCAUAUCUUCACUGUGCCUCCGGCUCCCACUACUACGUCGGUGGACAGAGGCUCAUCCGAGACCGUCGAGACGAUCCAUCGGAAGUGGUACGAUCGCGGCUUGUUGAUCCAAAAGCAUGAGCGUCGUCUGAGUGACAGCAACAACCUCUUGUCGAAGAUGUGGCGCCGCCUCGAUCCCUAUGAUCGCGUGCUCAACCUCCUGAACAACGAUGCCGUUGUUCGACGCCAUGCCGAGCAGCGAGCAGAUCCUGCUUACAGCGAGAACCCAUACAUGCAGAGCCUCUUCACUCUUCUGGCUGCCUACGACUAUGUUCAUACCAUCGAUCCGGACUUCGUCUUGAAGUCAAGCACAUCGACUACUGACGCCGCUGUCACUGAGAAACGCAUCAACAGCUUGGCAGCUACUGUCAAGCUACAGUCUGGUCUUCUCCAGGAAAAGAAUGAGACUAUCGACAAGCUACGUGCUCAGGUAGCAGCUCAACGCAAGGUCGAGAAGAAGCAUAUGGAUUCCCUGCAGCAGUACGUCACUCAAGCGGACGCGCAGUACAGUCACAAGCAGCGUCAGGCCCAAAUCAGCCAGCAUAUGGAUGCCAUGCAGCAGCAAUUCGUCACCCGUCAGCCAGAAUCGCAGCGCCAGGACAAGCAUCACAAGGACCACCCAGAUCAGCAAGUCGAUCUGCAGCAAUACGGUAAUCAACCUGGAGACCUGCAGCUCAAAGACAAGGACAAGGACGAUGUCAUUGGUCGUCUGAAUCGCCUGCUUCAGAAGGCCAACGACAGAAUCUCGGUUCUCGCCAACACCCCACAGCCACCACCAAAUCCUCCGCGUGCUCCGCGGGCACGUUCAACCAACCCAACUCGCCCUCCUGCACCCCCUCCUCGUACUUCUCCCCCAGCUACCAAGGUAUGCUUCAAUCUCGCGCUAGCUGGCGAUCUCACGGUGGCUAACAAUAAUAGCUUCCGGAAACAGCAUUUGGCGGUGUACCUGAGAAUCACACGUCUCUCACCUUCGAUGGAUUCUCUGAGCACAACUCUUUCAAUCCCGCUCGUCUCCAAAUGCUGACCGCUGUCAACCCCGGUGCCAGGUCCGAGUCUCCCAUGACCAUGACCGACGCCGCCGCUCCCCGUUCGUCGGGGGCCAAUUGUGCUCCACUAGGACCCCUUAAGAGACGCUACGACUC